GUGCGUGACUUCCUAGUUUAGCGUUCCUAACAUAAAGGUGUGUCGAUUCAAUAUACUCCGUAUUUUGCUGUUUUGAGCUCAAUAGGGACGAAGCCAAUCAACUUGGUUAACUUUAUCAACUAAGUUACAAAGAGACAGCAGCUCAAACGUUGACACACACAGAGCACAGAUGUUGAACUAAAGGUGACUGACAAGGAAGUUUUUUUUUUUCCCAGUGAAGAGAUGAGUGCUGAUAUUAGCACCAUCCCCACGUUACCACUUUUCUUGGAUUCUGUUUGGUCUAAACAAGCCAACGCAUCUCGCAGCUCUUACCAAAACCACACCAACACAUGGGUAACAGCACCCACUGCUGUAUGCGACCCUCCUGUUUCCUGCAUUGACAGAAUGGACCCACCCCAGCCCUGCCCGACUCCAGAUGAGGCCUCUGAAGUGGGGUCUGAGUUUCAGGCACAGCUCGAUUUGUUCCUCAAACUGGGGUUUUCCCUAAUGCAAGUUCGAGCUGCUUUUCUGAAACUCGGUCUCAAUGCAGACACCAACAAAGUUCUGGGGGAGCUGAUACAGGCUGGUGGGGAAUCAGAGGACAAAUUGGAACCCACAGCCUCCCCGGUGCUGGUUCCACGUGGGGACGGUACCAGUAAAACCCGGAAUUCCCAAACACACAGUCAUAUCGCUCCACCAAUGUCUACGGCACUGGAAGAGCUGGAAGAAGAUGAUGAUGCCCUCAGACCAAUUGUUAUUGAUGGGAGUAAUGUAGCAAUGAGCCACGGGAACAAGGACGUUUUCUCCUGUCUAGGAAUUCAACUAGCAGUGAAUUUUUUCCUGGAGCGAGGUCACGUUGACAUCACAGUGUUUGUACCUUCCUGGAGAAAAGAGCAGCCGCGGCCAGACGUACCCAUUACAGAUCAACACAUUCUGCGGGAAUUGGAGCGCAGGAAACUCUUGGUGUUCACGCCGUCCAGAAGGGUGGCCGGAAAACGUGUGGUUUGCUAUGACGACCGUUUUAUCGUGAAGCUGGCGUAUGAUUCUGAUGGCAUCAUUGUAUCCAAUGACACGUACCGAGAUCUGCAGGGAGAACGUCCUGAGUGGAAGCGAUUCAUCGAGGAGAGGCUUCUAAUGUACUCAUUCGUCAAUGAUAAAUUUAUGCCUCCGGAUGACCCUUUGGGUAGACAUGGUCCUACCCUUGACAACUUUCUGAGAAAGACUCCACGUGUAGCUAAGAAACAGCCAUGUCCUUACGGGAAGAAGUGUACUUAUGGAAUCAAAUGCAAGUUCCACCACCCAGAGCGAACCAAGCAAUCCCAGCGUGCCCUAGCUGACGAGCUGAGAGACAAGGCCAAAAUUUCAGCCACACCACACAAACCACAUUCGGCUUCUCUUGGUCCCAGUCAAAGUCCAUCUCUAGAGGACGUUAUGGAACAGAAACUAUCUCUAGACCCAUCUGGAUCUCUCAAAAAGUGUUACGCCAGUGAAAACGUACUUGUCAUCAAAGGCGUCCCCCAGCCAACUCAGAAGAAGUUUACCUCAAAGAGAGACCGCAGUAGUCGCCAUUCCCCAACAAGUCUGGAUUCUUUUCCAAACAGUUCACAGAUGCGUUUGGAUUCUGGCUUGGGUUCUUAUGAAUGUCAUUCCCCUGAAGCCCCCCAGUUUGACCGCUAUUGUGGAACUGACCACAAGAAGUCCAAAACAUCUACCAGUGGGCAGCAUCGCUACGUUCCAACCAAUAGCCAACCCUGCAGUUGCUGCUCCUUCCAAUCCCUGAAUUCCAAUGGAGCCAAUCAGCACCACAGCAUGGGCUCCAACUCGCCAAACCCAGAACAUAUGGGUUACGGUCAACCCCGUUACCACUCAUAUGGAGGAGGUCCAAUUUACCCACCAGCCAACAUGUCGCAGUAUUCAUUUCCACACAGUAGGGGGCCUCCGACCCACCAAGGCUACUGGUCCGACCAUUAUGGUGGCUAUCCACCAGCGUCCCACAGUGCCAUGCAGGGAGAGCGAGGACAUGGACACUGGUCCCAUUCCAACCCUAAUCCUCAAUGGUCCGAAAGGGAGCAAGUGAGGAAGAAGUUGCUCGCAAUUUUCAAUGCACGUUUGGUGGACAGGGCCAUGGAUAUGUUCCCCUAUCUCCUCGACCCUCAAAGACUUGCCGCAGAGAUUUUGACCCUUCAGUCUCAGGAUAGGGCUUUAUAAGUAUCUAUUUUUAAGACUUAUCCAAAAGACUUGAAAAUAAUAAGAGUAAACUUUUGGCACAGAGUGUGCCCUAACAAGGUAUGACUAAUUUAAGCGUUUUGUUCCAGCUUCAACCAAAACGAAGAAUUUUUUAGGUAGAUUGGUUCUAUUUUGUCCAAAAUUUUGCUUUACAUAGUUGCAUUUUGAACAUUAAUAAUAUUCUUAUUGGCUGUGAUUUCUAUUUCACUUUGUGCAGCAUGUAGCUUUUAACAAUGAGAGAAAAAUUAGUUUUUGAAAUAUUUACAAAAACUUGCAUGCCUAAGAUGCCGCUUACCUGGUGCCAAAGUAAACACAAUGCAGUAAAGUUCAGUAGGACACACUGAUGUUCCAAAUGUUUUCAAAAAGAUUUUUACAAAUGAGACGAUGGCAUAUUUUAGUUACAUUUUAAACAAUGGACUGACUGUUGGACACAAACGGUCACUGUUGUUACAAAUGGACCCGAUCCAAGCCAUUUAAAAAGUUGAUAUUUUUAUUGUGUUUUCUUCUAUAACUAUUGUAAAUUCACCAUUGGUUGUAUUAACUAACAGGGUGUUUUCCUUGUUGCUAUAGUUCUCAAGAGUUUAAUAUUCAGGUUCGUCAUAAUUAUGACAAAAAGUGUUAUCGUCAUAUAUGAUGAUGGCAUUAUACAUUUAUAUUUACAGAUAUAUUUGUGGGAAAACAUAUUUUGUGUAUGUCUGAGUGUUAUUAAUUGUGGUUCUGUGUUUGAUUUGCAGUACCAUGUAGAUUAAAUGUGUUGGCACUGUGUGCCUUAACUGACAUUUGUUAUGCAGAACAGAAAAGUACACACCCUUUGGUGUAUGUUCCCAUUUUCAUAAGUGCUAACUUAUAAAAUGUCCUAAAGAAUGCAAUCAUCACCAAUGCAACUUGAUUCAAUUCAGAAAGUUCUCAUGUGUAAAUAGCAAAAGCUAAAAACAUGCACAUAUCAGAAGUUGUGCUGGCAUUACAGUAUAGAUAAGAGACAAAGAGACUUUGUCAUGGAACGUUUGGUGCCUCUGUUAGUUUGUAUUGAUUGAAGAUGUUUGGAUUUUUGUUGGGAGUCGGCAAUAUUGAGUAGGCAAUAUUUUGCCAAUGUUUUAAGCAGCUUUUGUAAUUUCAAAUCAUAAUGUGCUCUCCACUCACUGAAAUACUCUUUACUUUUUUGUGCUGUUUCAUAUUAGGAAAAUAAAAUAUGUACCAAUA